AUGGCUAUACCAAAUCAGCUUCUCAUUUGUACAGCCAUUAAAGUGGUGAUUGUGGUAAGUUUGGAACCUCGGAAAAUUUUUAAAUUGAAAAAAAAUUCUGAUAGGAUUUUAGAAUCUGAAUUUUUGAAGAGAUUAGAAAAAAAAUACAUUUUGAAAUAUCUAAUUCAGGUUUCAAAAUGAUUUUUAUCCAGAAAUGUCACAAAAAUCUGAUCGUAGAGAUUUUAGAAUCUGAAUUUCUAUUAAAAAAUUUUCUCUGGGAACACAUCUCACUACAGUAACCUCCAAAAAUUUUUCCUAUUGUAGUAAAAAUUUUAGAAAAACUUUUAAUCUACCAGAAGUGUAACAGUUUUCGAUUACUGUAAUUUUAUUUAUAUCUAAAGAAGAUUUCAAAAAACAUGCAAAACUACAGUAAUCCUUGGGUUUUUUCUAUUUUUCAUAAGGUUCAUUGUAAUUGAAACUUCCUACAGUAGUCCUAAUUUUUUUUUGGAAUUCUUCUAUCCACUUUAAAUUUCAGUGGUUUUGGAAUUUUCAUUUUUCAUUCCAGGUUUCAAAUUUUUGGAUAUACUAGAAAUUCAACAACUGCUUUUAAUCACUAUCCCAUUUUCUAAAAAUUUGGAAAAAUUCAAAACUACAGUAACAAUUAUCUACUGUAUGUACGUUUUCUGUGAAUUAAAUAAUGUUCCUUUAUUUUUUCAGCUUCCACCGGAAUAUUUUUCCAAUAGUUUUCUCCGGUUACUGUAGUUAUUUUUACGAUUUCCCAAAAAAAAUAAUCAUCGUUUUUAAUAUUCCCAUCCAUUUUAUUUGUAUGUAAAAAUAGAAAGAUCGAUAGGCAAAAAUUGUAAAAUUCCUUUUCUUAUCAAUUUUGGUGUACAGUCAGUCACAAAACAAAUAUUGACAUUGUCCGUAUUCGAAAAAUAUUACAACUAAGCAGGCAGGAAAUCCAGAAAAUUUACAUGUUUAACAUGAGUACAAGUGUCUGGGGUCAACGAAACAAAAAUUUGAAAGGAAACUCACUAAACACACUUAUUUUUUCAGCUUCUCACAAUCGUCACAUUGAUUCUUUUGGAUCCAGCAUAUGUAACAACCUAUAUCUCAAUCAAUUAUGAUAUUGUUAUUAUUUAUCUCGUCUCAGCUUUAACUCUUCUUUAUUGUAUUGUCUCAGUUGUUAUGUAUUUCCUUCUUUCAAAACGUGGCGAAGAUACUCCACUCACUAAUUGUGCACUUUCGGUAAGUUAUUAUUCAAAUUGGUUUUGUUUGUUCAAGUUGAAGAAUUAGGAAAACAAGAGGAAACAAGAUAGAUUAUCUUUCGGACAUAACAAAUAAUCAAAUAAAUGAGGAAAAGCUUAGUAAACAAAAAUCAAUAGUAUUUAGAAUUUUCAAAACUUUUUCUUUUCAAAAGUUCAUCUAAAUCUCUCACUAUAACGUUGAAUUACGUCAAUUUUACGUAGUCCCUCACCCCUAAAACUCUCAAAAAUGCAAAAAAAAAUUAUGCCUUGACUUAGAUUCUCCCGAAGUCUUAGUUACUCUAACUAUCAUAAAACAACAAAUGCUCACUUUGUCACAAUAAUACAAAUAUUAGUCACCACAACAUUUCACAAUUGUUACAGGAAGUUAUCUUUGCAACAGCUGGAAUCAUGGGAUGGUUGAUCAUUAUUGGAAUUGGCGGCACAAUCUCUCAAAGAACAAUCAUUGAAACUGGCGAAAGAUUUGGAUGGAUCGGAGCUAUGGCUGGACUCAACACUGGAUGUUUCUUGGGAAUCGCUGCCAUUUUUGCUUUGAAUGUUAUCAAUGAGAAAAUUCUUCAACGACGCAAUCGUUUCAACAAAUACGACAGAGGUUAUAAUGUUCGCUAA